AUGCAGGACGGCGGCGCGGGGCGCGCGGGCUGCGCCAACCCGGGCAAGUUCCACCGCGUGGAGAGGAGCGCGUCGUGCGCGCCGCUCUGCACGCCCGGCGUGGACGUGUACUGGAGCCGCGACGACAAGCGCUUCGCCGUGGUCUGGCUGGCGGUGUGGUCCGUCCUGUGCUUCGUCUCCAGCGCCUUCACGGUGCUCACCUUCCUCAUCGACCCCGACCGCUUCCGCUACCCCGAGCGCCCCAUUAUCUUCCUGUCCAUGUGCUACUGCGUGUCCUCGCUGGGCUACAUCGUGCGCCUGUUCGCGGGCGCCGAGAGCAUCGCCUGCGACCGCGACAGCGGGCAGCUCUAUGUCAUCCAGGAGGGCCUGGAGAGCACCGGCUGCACGCUCGUGUUCCUGGUGCUCUACUACUUCGGCAUGGCCAGCUCGCUCUGGUGGGUGAUCCUCACGCUCACCUGGUUCCUGGCCGCGGGCAAGAAGUGGGGCCACGAGGCCAUCGAGGCCAACAGCAGCUACUUCCACCUGGCGGCCUGGGCCAUCCCCGCCGUGAAGACCAUCCUCAUCCUGGUGAUGCGCCGCGUGGCGGGCGACGAGCUCACGGGCGUCUGCUACGUGGGCAGCAUGGACGUGAACGCGCUCACGGGCUUCGUGCUGGUGCCGCUGGCCUGUUACCUCGUCCUGGGCACGUCCUUCAUCCUCUCGGGCUUCGUGGCGCUUUUCCACAUCCGCCGGGUGAUGAAGACGGGCGGCGAGAACACGGACAAGCUGGAGAAGCUCAUGGUGAGGAUCGGCGUGUUCUCCGUGCUGUACACGGUGCCGGCCACCUGCGUGAUCGCCUGUUACUUCUACGAGCGCCUCAACGUGGAGUACUGGAAGGCGCUGGCGGCGCAGCGCAAGUGCCGCGUGGACCACCAGACCAAGAGCCUGGACUGCCUCAUGGCCGCGUCCAUCCCCGCCGUGGAGGUCUCGCUGCUGAAGAUCUUCAUGCUGCUGGUCGUGGGCAUCACCAGCGGCGUGUGGAUCUGGACGGCCAAGACGCUGCAGUCCUGGCGCGGCGUCUGCAGCCGCCGGUUCGCCAAGAGGGGCGCGCGCAAGGCGGCCGGCGGCAUCGCGCACGGCGGGAUUUACAAAAAGGCGCAGCACCCCCCAAAGACGUACCUGGGGAAGUGCGAAAUCCCCGCGCAGCCUCCCACCUGCGUGUGAGCCGGGCCGAACCGGGCCGAACCGGGCCGGGCAGGGGGACUGUCCCACCGCGGCGACGGCGCGCGGCAGAGCCAAACCUGGCGCUUUCUCUGGUGGGUCGGUGGGUUGGUUUUUAAAUAAAA